GCUUCACUCCUGAAGCCAGCGAGCCCACGAGCCCACUGGGAGGAAUGAACAACUCCAGAUGCGCUAACUUAAGAGCUGUAACACUCACCGCGAAGGUCUGCAGCUUUACUCCUGAGCCAGCGAGACCACGAACCCACCAGAAGGAAGAAACUCCGAACACAUCUGAACAUCAAAAGGAACAAACUCUGGACACGCUGCCUUUAAGAACUGUAACACUCACUGCGAGUGUCCGCGGCUUCAUUCUUGAAGUCAGUGAGACCAAGAACCCACCAAUUCUGGACACAUUUUGGUGACCAUGAAGGGACCUUCGCCUAUCACCAAGCGGCGAGACAAUUGCCGAGUGGUGAGACUAUUGUCUAUUGCCGAACGGUGAGACCUUCGCCUAUUGCAGAGCGCAUGUUCCGUACUAUUCAAGACAGUGCUUAAUGGUGUCCCGUAAUCUUGGUUCAGUGGGAUAUGAUCCUAAUGAAAAAACUUUUGAUAAAAUUCUUAUUGCUAAUAGAGGAGAAAUUGCAUGUCGGGUUAUUAGAACUUGCAAGAAGAUGGGCAUUAAGACAGUUGCCAUCCACAGUGAUGUUGAUGCUAGUUCUGUUCAUGUGAAAAUGGCGGAUGAGGCCGUCUGUGUUGGCCCAGCUCCCACCAGUAAAAGCUACCUCAACAUGGAUGCCAUCAUGGAAGCCAUUAAGAAAACCAGGGCCCAAGCUGUACAUCCAGGUUAUGGAUUCCUUUCAGAAAACAAAGAAUUUGCCAGAUGUUUGGCAGCAGAAGAUGUUGUUUUCAUUGGACCUGACACACAUGCUAUUCAAGCCAUGGGCGACAAGAUUGAAAGCAAAUUAUUAGCUAAGAAAGCAGAGGUUAAUACAAUCCCUGGCUUUGAUGGAGUAGUCAAGGAUGCAGAAGAAGCUGUCAGAAUUGCAAGGGAAAUUGGCUACCCUGUCAUGAUCAAGGCCUCAGCAGGUGGUGGUGGGAAAGGCAUGCGCAUCGCUUGGGAUGAUGAAGAGACCAGGGAUGGUUUUAGAUUGUCAUCUCAAGAAGCUGCUUCUAGUUUUGGCGAUGAUAGACUACUAAUAGAAAAAUUUAUUGAUAAUCCUCGUCAUAUAGAAAUCCAGGUUCUAGGUGAUAAACAUGGGAAUGCUUUAUGGCUUAAUGAAAGAGAGUGCUCAAUUCAGAGAAGAAAUCAGAAGGUGGUGGAGGAAGCACCAAGCAUUUUUUUGGAUGCGGAGACUCGAAGAGCGAUGGGAGAACAAGCUGUAGCUCUUGCCAGAGCAGUAAAAUAUUCCUCUGCUGGGACCGUGGAGUUCCUUGUGGACUCUAAGAAGAAUUUUUAUUUCUUGGAAAUGAAUACAAGACUCCAGGUUGAGCAUCCUGUCACAGAAUGCAUUACUGGCCUGGACCUAGUCCAAGAAAUGAUCCGUGUUGCUAAGGGCUACCCUCUCAGGCACAAACAAGCUGAUAUUCGCAUCAACGGCUGGGCAGUUGAAUGUCGGGUUUAUGCUGAGGACCCCUACAAGUCUUUUGGUUUACCGUCUAUUGGGAGAUUGUCUCAGUACCAAGAACCGUUACAUCUACCUGGUGUCCGAGUGGACAGUGGCAUCCAACCAGGAAGUGAUAUUAGCAUUUAUUAUGAUCCUAUGAUUUCAAAACUAAUCACAUAUGGCUCUGAUAGAACUGAGGCACUGAAGAGAAUGGCAGAUGCACUGGAUAACUAUGUUAUUCGAGGUGUUACACAUAAUAUUGCAUUACUUCGAGAGGUGAUAAUCAACUCACGCUUUGUAAAAGGAGACAUCAGCACUAAAUUUCUCUCUGAUGUGUAUCCUGAUGGCUUCAAAGGACACAUGCUAACCAAGAGUGAGAAGAACCAGUUAUUGGCAAUAACAUCAUCAUUGUUUGUGGCAUUCCAGUUAAGAGCACAACAUUUUCAAGAAAAUUCAAGAAUGCCUGUUAUUAAACCAGACAUAGCCAACUGGGAGCUCUCAGUAAAAUUGCAUGAUAAAGUUCAUACUGUAGUAGCAUCAAACAAUGGGUCAAUGUUCUCGGUGGAAGUUGAUGGGUCGAAACUAAAUGUGACCAGCACGUGGAACCUGGCUUCGCCCUUAUUGUCUGUCAGCGUUGAUGGCACUCAGAGGACUGUCCAGUGUCUUUCUCGAGAAGCAGGUGGAAACAUGAGCAUUCAGUUUCUUGGUACAGUGUACAAGGUGAAUAUCUUAACCAAACUUGCUGCAGAAUUGAACAAAUUUAUGCUGGAAAAAGUGACUGAGGACACAAGCAGUGUUCUGCGUUCCCCGAUGCCCGGAGUGGUGGUGGCCGUCUCUGUCAAGCCUGGAGACGCGGUAGCAGAAGGUCAAGAAAUUUGUGUGAUUGAAGCCAUGAAAAUGCAGAAUAGUAUGACAGCUGGGAAAACUGGCACGGUGAAAUCUGUGCACUGUCAAGCUGGAGACACAGUUGGAGAAGGGGAUCUGCUCGUGGAGCUGGAAUGAAGGAUUUAUAACCUUUCAAUCGUCACCCAAUUUAAUUAGCCAUUUGCAUGAUGCUUUCACACACAAUUGAUUCAAGCAUUAUACAGGAACACCCCUGUGCAGCUACGUUUACGUCGUCAUUUAUUCCACAGAGUCAAGACCAAUAUUCUGCCAAAAAAUCACCAAUGGAAAUUUUCACUGAUAUAAAUACUUGUACAUAUGAUUUGUACUUCUGCUGUGAGAUUUCCUAGUGUCAAAAUUAAAUCAAUAAAACUGAGCAUUUGUCUAAA